AUGAUUGAAAUAGAUACUACUUGGAUAAUUAAUAUUACUAAUAAAUGUGAACAUUUUCUAAAACAAUUUAGUGGCCAUAAUAAACUUAAUAAUGAAUAUAUUAUGUUAAAUUCAAGAGUAAUAGUAAGUAUAUGUAAUGAACUACAGGAAAUUAAGUUACUAAUAAAUUUUAUAGAAAGUAAUUCUAAUAAUACGAUUAAUGAUACUAAAGUACUUAAUUUAAUAUUAAGAUGUUUUCAAAUAGGACUUGAGAAAUUUUGUCAAUUUUAUCAUAAUAAAGAUAUCAGUUUAAGUAACUCUCUGGAAAAUAAUUCUUCAAAUAUAUUAUUAAAUCCAGGAAAUGGAUCUACAAAUGAUGAAGAUAGCAAUGUUAACUAUGAAAAAGGAUCUAACUCAUGUCUAUCUCUAUUAUUAAAAGUUUUAAAAGAUCUCAAUGCUACUAUUGAUUAUUUGAAAUAUUGCACUAACAUAAAUACUGGUAUAUUAUGUGCAACAAAUACAGUAACUCUAUCUAUUAUUUUAUUAUUAUUACGAUUUACUAUUCCUUAUAAUAUUUUAAAUAUAUCUUUUGAACAUUCAAUACAUAUUAAGAUUCAAAUAUUAUCUUUGCAAUGUCUUGAAAAAUUAUUUAAGAUAUAUAAGUUAGAACUUACAGAUAAAUGGAAUAUGAUUCUUUAUCCAAAAUUUUGGAAUAAUUUAAGUGAUAAUUAUACUAAUAAUUAUACUUUGGAUAUUCUAUCACAUAGUUUUAUUGCAAUAUUGAAGAAUAUUUCGAAUCCAGUACCAAUUAUUGCAAUUUCAUUGUUUAGUAACAACUCAAAGAUUAGAGUAGCAUCUAUUCAUUGUAUUCAAGCAAUAUUUGAAUGUCCAUUACUGAGAUCUAAUAAUAUAAGGGAAUGUUUUAAUGGGUAUAAAAUAAAUUCAAGUUUUGUUACUACUUCACAAUUAUUUUCAGAUAUAAUUAAAGAUUUAAUAAUAUUACUAUUACAAUUUGGUCAACAUUUAUUAGAUUCAGAUAUAUAUUGUAGUGACACAAUAACAGCUUUAUUAAGAGUUUUGUCAAACUGCAUUACUAAAACUCCUUCAAUUCUUUGGAUAAAUGAUCAAAAUAUUAAUAAUUCUCUUAUAUAUUCACUUUCAUUAAUUCUUAAUUUGGCAAUUACGAAAGAAUUUUUAAUGGUACCUGUAUUUCAAUUGCUUUCAAAUUUAUUAAAUUCAAAUAUAUUACAAGAAUUGUCACUAGAAAUUAUUUUGAAGUUGUUUAGAAAAUUAUUCUUUAAUGCUAUCAAAACUACACAUAUAUAUAUUAUAUUAAUUAAUGAUAAUAAUGCAUUGAAACACACAGAUAUAUUUCAAAGUAACUCUAAAUUCUGCAAUUUAUAUAAUAAAUCUCCAGAUUUAUAUAUUAGAGAAGGACUUAAUAUAAUAUUGAAGUGUUUAGAUACAGCUCCAUUUUUAUUAAUACCUUAUGUAAAUGAGUCACAAGUAACUAUGGAAUUAAAAGAAUCCCAGAAUUUACUUUUUAGUAUUUUAAAUAUAUUAUUGUUAGAUAAUUUUGAAGUAUAUGAAUCUAUGAUAUAUUUACGUUUAUUUCAGAUUUUAGAGUCUUUACUAAAAAUUGCGAUUAAUUAUAAGGGAAGUUUGUUACUUUUCAAGAAUGAGGCAAUUGAAUUAGAUUAUCCUUUAAACUGGGAUGACAAUGUUGAUAUUAAUUGUAAUAAUAGAAAUAGAAAAAUAAAUUUUACAACUGAAUUUUAUAAUGAAUUGUGGAGUUUUGUACAAAAACUACAAGCUUAUAUAUUUUCAAGUCAACUAGAAUUUUGGAAAUAUAUAUUAUCUGAAAAAUAUCCUUCGCUUAAUAAAACAGUAUAUUUGAAUAAUAUGGAGCUUUUACCUUAUAUACUCAAUUUCUUUAGCUAUAUAUUUCCUCAAGAUACUGAAGAUAUGUUUCAAGAUAUUAUAUAUAAUAGAGAAACAAGUUUUUUAGCAAUCUUAAUAAAUAUAUUUAAUAAUUUGAAUGAUAAUAAAUUAUUAAUAUGUACAAUUCAAUGUUUAAUGACAUAUUAUAUCUAUUCUGAUUCAAUUAUUUGUAUACCAUCUAUAUUCUAUACAUUACUUGGUAAAAAUAAUAAAGUUUCAGAUAUAUCCAUUAGAAACCUUCUUGAAAAUUACAUUAUAACAAAAUUAGUUGAAAUAUUGAAUAAUAAUAAACAUCAAUUAAGCAUUAAUAUUGAAAAUAUUGUAAUUAAUUCAAUAAUUACUAUAAGCUUAUUUCAAGAAAGGGAUGAUAAUUCUACCAUGAAUUAUUUGAAUAAUCGUAAACAAUUAUGUAUAACAGCUCCAUCAAUUAUAUCUGUUAACUAUACUCCAAGAAAUAAUCAAUUUGAUCAAUUGAAUAAAUAUUCUAUUUACUCAAUAAAUUGGUUUUCAAUGUUGCAAUCAUUUAAAUAUUAUAUUGAAAAUAACAAACUUUAUGAUAAUUUAAAGAUUACAUUAAAAUGUAAUUCUCAGCUCAUACGUGUAUUAGGUUAUAUAUCCAGACUCAUCAUAUUUGAAAAGUAUAAUAAUGAUAUACUUUUAUGGGUGUUAAACUUACUAAAUAAUACUAUUCAGCAAUCAAGAGAUACAUCUUUACGAAUAAAGAAACUAAAGUGGAAUGCAAUAUAUGCAAUUGGAAUGAUAUUUAUGAAUUCCACAUUCAAGGAACUUUUAAAAUCUGAUUUUUCAACUUUAAAAAUAUAUAUGGAAAUAUGGGAUAAUCUUUGUAAAAUAAUAAGUAAUAAAAGUGAAUUUGUAAAAGUUAGAUUAAAUGCAAUACGUACACUAAUAAUGUAUGGAUUUGAUCAUUACAAUCCAAUACCUCAUGAUUCUUUAGAGAUUACAUGGAAGACAUGGAUAGAUAUAAAUAAGAUGCAAAUAUGUUGCUACAUAAACAAUAAAAAAGAUAUGAAUUAUACGAUAGAAUGGAAAAAAACAUCAAAUGCUUUAUUUAAUAUACUAAGCGAAACUACAAAAUUAUAUAUUGAAAAUAAAGAUAAUUUAUCUAUUGAUAAAAGAGGUAUUUUUGAAGAUUAUUUAAAGCAAACUUUUUAA